AUGGAUCGCUUAUCCUCCGAAGACAAGUGUGUAGUGGAAGUACCCGCUUGGCUGUCCGAGGUGUAUACCGAGGACAUUCUCAAGGCCGUGGAGGCCAAGAAAAAGGACUCCUCCAAGAAAUCCAGCGAGGGUGCCUCUGGCGACGUCGCCAAGGAACCCACUUUGCCAGCUACGAAGAAGCGUCCGGCAUCUUCGACGGAGGCUCCUAAGCCAAAACGACCCUUCUUUAAGAAGAUGGGUCCGGCCGAUGCUGUCACCAAGCCGUCGGUACCAAAACCGUCCGCUCCCCUAGCUGAGGGGGAGGUUCUUCCUACCCAGACGCCCAUUCCUCCUCCUGAGCAAAAGGAGGCUCCUUCCCAGGUGGACACCGAAAGGGAUGGUACUGCCGGAGCAGCUGCUGACGAAGUAGCAGUCGAACAGACUGAGGCUGCUGACGCCACCACCUCGUCCAAGGAGGACAAGGGUAAAGGCAAGGAAACUAAGGCUCCUUCUACUGAUAAUGCCUCUACUUCUCAUGCAGCUUCGCCCAUUGUUGAGAUGUUCAAGCGGAUGCGGCGGACCGAGGUGGCGAGCAUUCCCCCUUCUGCCGGUUUUAGCUCAGAGGCGAAGGAUAAGAUCCUUGCGGACGUGUAUGCAGCCAUCCCUGAGGAAUAUGUGAGGUCACUCCCCGGGAUUGACUUGGGAUUCUUUUGGUCCAUUCAGUCUCUCGUCCUUGAUCUUUUCAUUCGCUGUGCCGAGAGUAGGAACUAUCGCUUUGAUAUGCACAAUGAGAUGCUCAAGCACAAGGACCAGAUCGAGAAUCAUGAGCAAUAUGCUGAGAAGACGGCCAGGUUGAUCAACUUGAACGCGGACAAGAAGAUCAAAUCCACGACGGAAGAUCUGAAGAAGGCCGAGGAGGACGCUGAGAAGUAUGAAGAGAAGUUGCUGGAACAUGAGGGGUGGCUUGCCGUGCUGAGAAAGGAGUACUCUUCCGUCUCGGAACGGGUGACUAAUUUCUCUUCCAAGGUGAACGUUCUUGAAGGUCAGCUCAAGGCCAUGCAGGGGAAGAUUGAGGCCGUGCGCAAGGAGGCUGCAAGCUCUUUUAAGUUAGGCGAGGAGUCCAUCUUGGAGAGUGCUCAAAAGGCGUGGGAUUAG